UCAAAGAAAGAACAGGUUUUUUAAUUUCAAUCCAUACGAACUGAAUAGGGUUUAAAAUCGUUUGAUUAUAGUCCUUAAUCUUUAUUGACUUGGAGCAACUGGACAAACAGAAGGAGGAUAAAAAUCGGACCUUUUCUUCUGUCUUAUUUCUCUCCGUGUCUAAAUUCCUGGCUGCGUUGAAACCCUAGCUUUAGCUGGAUUGCAGGUUUGAGCAGAAAAUUCAGCUUCGACGGGAUUAUACUUGUUCUUCAUCUUAGGAGCUGGGUAAAGGACUAGAGACUAGGUGCUAGCUAGUACAAGUAGUCAUCGAGUUCGCAGCAGACGAGAUUGCAUCAUUGAACUAGUUUCUUAUUUCCUUAGGGUGAAUCGGGCACUGAGAGCUGUUUAGUAGACGUUUGGAUGCGUAUGGUGUAGACGAGAUAGAAGACUAGCUGAAGAAUGGAAGGAGACGAGCGUCAGUUAGUUUUGGCGUGUGUAAUUUCUGGAACCCUUUUCUCUCUUCUGGGUUCAGCUUCCUUUACCAUUCUUUGGAAAGUAGAUUGGCGACCUUGGAGGAUUUACAGUUGGAUAUUUGCUCGAAAAUGGCCGGUUUUCUUGCAAGGGCCUCAGCUGGGAUUGUUAUGCGGUUUCUUGUCAUUAUCGGCGUGGACAGUUGUUAUUUCUCCAAUCAUUAUGCUUAUUAUUUGGGGAUCUUGGUUGAUUGUGAUUUUGGGACGAGAUAUAUUUGGUUUGGCUAUUAUAAUGGCUGGAACUGCUCUUCUUUUGGCAUUUUAUUCAAUUAUGCUUUGGUGGAGAACACGGUGGCAAAGCUCAAGGGCUGUUGCUGUUCUUCUUCUUCUGGCUGUUGCACUUCUCUGUGCCUAUGAACUUUGUGCCGUUUAUGUUACAGUAGGUAGACAUACAUCAGAACACUAUUCACCCUCAGGUCUUUUCUUUGGCGUAUCAGCAAUUGCACUUGCAAUAAAUAUGCUUUUCAUUUGCAGGAUGGUUUUUAAUGGAAAUGGCUUAGAUGUGGAUGAAUAUGUCAGAAGAGCAUACAAAUAUGCAUAUUCUGAUUAUGUUGAAGCAGGGCCAGUUGCAUGCGCACCUGAACCUCCAGAUCCUCAUGAAUUGUAUCCUCAGCAAUCCCGAAGGGCUUUGCAUCUUGGGCUUCUCUACCUUGGAUCACUUUUGGUUCUCCUGGGGUACUCCAUAUUAUAUGGUUUGACAGCAAAGGAAUCCCGUUGGCUUGGGGCUAUUACUUCUGUUGCCGUCAUUGUUCUUGAUUGGAACAUGGGCGCAUGCUUAUAUGGGUUUCAGAUCCUAGAUAGUCGCGUUACAGCACUUUUUGUAGCCGGUGCUUCCAGAGUAUUCUUGAUUCUCUUUGGGGUUCAUUACUGGUACCUUGGACAUUGUGUUAGUUAUGCCAUUGUUGCGUCAGUGCUUUUGUGUGCGGCUGUUUCCCGUCAUUUAUCAGUAACAAACCCAUUAGCAGCACGCAGGGAUGCUUUGCAGAGUACAGUGAUUCGUUUAAGAGAGGGUUUUCGUAAGAAAGAGCAAAAUACUUCAUCUAGUUCUUCUGAAGGUGGUGGGUCAGAUGUUAAACAUAGUAGUAGUGUGGAGGCGUGCCAUCUUGGCAAUGAUGCAACUCGGUAUACUAGUGAUGGUAAUAGCUGGAACAAUGUUAAACAUAGUAGUAGUGUGGAGGCGUGCCAUCUUGGCAAUGAUGCAACUCGGUAUACUAGUGAUGGUAAUAGCUGGAACAAUGUUAAACAUAGUAGUAGUGUGGAGGCGUGCCAUCUUGGCAAUGAUGCAACUCGGUAUACUAGUGAUGGUAAUAGCUGGAACAAUGUUGACGGAGUCAACAGUGAUAAAAGUUUGGAUAGUGAGAGGCCAAGUAUAGCAUUGAGAAGCAGCUCCUGUCGUUCAGUUGCUCAAGAAGCUGAAAUAAGCUCUUCCUAUGUUGAUAGAAAUUUUGAUCAGAAUGGUUCUUUGGUACUUUGUUCCAGUAGUGGUCUUGAAAGUGAAGGAUGUGAGUCAAGUGCAUCGAUGUCUGCAAAUCAACAAUUUUUAGAUUUAAAUCUGGCCCAUGCAUUCCAGGAAAAGUUAAAUGACCCUAGGAUUACAUCCAUGUUAAGAAAGAGAUCAAGACAUGGCGACAUUGAACUCACUAGCCUAUUGCAGGAUAAAGGCUUGGAUCCUAAUUUUGCCGUGAUGUUGAAGGAAAAUGGGUUGGACCCAACUAUUCUGGCAUUGCUACAGCGGAGCAGCUUAGAUGCAGACAGAGAUCAUAGGGACAAUACUGAAACAGAAACGGCUAUUGUUGAAUCCGCAAGUGUAGACAAUGCAUUGCCCCAACAACUUUCUUUGUCGGAAGAACUUAGGCUGAAGGGGAUGGAAAAAUGGCUUCAAAUGUGCAGGCUUUUUGUUCACCACAUAGCGGGCACUCCAAAGAGAACGUGGGUGCUCUUUAGUCUGGUUUUCAUUGUUGAGACUAUCAUGGUGGCCAUUUUCCGUCCAAAGACUAUAACAGUCAUAAAUACCACCCAUCAACAAUUUGAGUUUGGCUUGGCAGUGCUGUUACUCUCUCUUGUUUUCUGUUCCAUCAUGGCCUUCCUUCAGACCCUUCGAACUGAAGAAAUGUCCAUAAGUUCAAAACCUCGCAAGUAUGGCUUUGUUGCUUGGCUGCUGAGCACUUGUGUUGGUCUGCUGCUUUCCUUUUCGAGCAAGUCAUCAGUUAUGCUAGGCUUGUCUUUGACUCUCCCUCUUAUGGUGGUAUGCUUGUCGUUUGCCAUUCCAAUAUGGAUUCGCAAGGGCUACCAGUUUUCAGUAUCAAGGGUUGAUGACGCAAAUCGAGGAGGAGUCCAUCAGACUUCUGGGGUUAAGGAGACUGUAGUUCUUUUCAUCUGCAUAUCUGUUUUUGCUGGAUCUGUACUUGCACUUGGUGCAAUAGUAUCUGCCAAACCUUUGGAUUCUUUGCAUUACAAGGGAUGGACUGGUGUAAUCGGUGCUGCUACUUCUCCAUAUGCAUCUUCAAUCUAUCUAGGCUGGGUCAUGGCUGCUACAAUUACCUUAGCAGUUACUGGAGCGUUACCUGUUGUCUCUUGGUUUGCUACUUACCGUUUCUCCAUCUCUUCUGCGAUAUGCAUUGCUACAUUUGCAGUUGUCCUAGUGGCAUUUUGUGGUGCAUCAUACUUGGAGAUUGUCAACUCUAGGAAUGACAAUGCACCAACCAAAACUGAUUUUCUUGCUUCAUUUCUCCCUUUGGUUUGCAUACCAGCAGUUUUAUCACUUGGUUCUGGCUUGCUUAAAUGGAAAGAUGAUAACUGGAAACUUUCCCGUGGUGUUUACGUGUUUGUCACUGUGGGCAUUCUUCUUCUGCUGGGAGCAAUAUCAGCUGUAAUUGUCAUUGUUGAACCUUGGACGGUUGGGGCUGCUUUCCUGUUAGUUAUUCUGCUUAUUGUUCUGGCUAUUGGUGUCAUACACUGCUGGGCGUCAAACAACUUCUAUUUGACCAGAAUGCAGACGUUCUUUGUCUGUUUCCUCUCUUUUCUUUUGGGCUUGGCAGCAUUUGUAAUUGGACGGAUUGAAGGGAGAGCUUUUGUUGGAGCAUCUGUUGGAUAUUUUGCGUUUCUCUUUCUUCUGGCCGGAAGGGCUUUGACUGUACUUCUCUCACCUCCCAUAGUUGUCUAUUCACCAAGGGUGCUGCCUGUUUAUGUUUACGACACUCACGCAGAUUGUGGUAAAAACGUCAGCGGAGCAUUUCUGGUGCUUUAUGGGGUUGCAUUAGCAACUGAAGGAUGGGGUGUUGUUGCCAGUUUGAUUAUAUAUCCACCAUUUGCUGGUGCUGCUGUAUCAGCUAUUACACUUGUUGUUGCCUUCGGAUUUGCUGUCUCUCGCCCCUGUCUAACUUUGAAGAUGAUGGAAGAUGCUGUGCACUACCUUAGUAAAGAAACCAUGUUGCAAGCUAUCACAAGAUCUGCCACUAAGACAAGAAAUGCUAUAUCCGGAACUUGUUCUGCACCACAGAGAUCUGCUAGUUCAGCUGCUCUUUUGGUUGGAGAUCCCACUGCCAUGUGUGAUAGGGCUGGGAAGUUUAUACUUCCUAGGGCUGAUGUCAUGAAACUAAGAGAUCGUUUAAGAAAUGAAGAACUGGCAGCUGGAUCACUUAUUCAUAGAAUAAGGGAUAUCCGAAUUCUACGUCAAGAUACUGCGUGUGAUCUGGGACACAGAAGGGAGAUGUGUGCUCAUGCAAGAAUUCUAGCUUUGGAGGAGGCAAUCGAUACAGAAUGGGUGUAUAUGUGGGAUAAGUUUGGUGGUUACCUACUUCUUUUACUUGGUUUGACUGCUAAAGCAGAACGUAUACAGGAUGAGGUCCGCUUGAGACUGUUCCUAGAUAGCAUAGGUUUUUCAGAUCUAAGUGCAAAGAAGAUCAAGAAAUGGAUGCCAGAAGACCGUAGACAAUUUGAAAUGAUUCAGGAAAGCUAUUUACGAGAGAGGGAGAUGGAAGAAGAAAUGUUGAUGCAGAGGCGAGAAGAGGAGGGUAGGGGAAAAGAAAGAAGAAAGGCUCUCUUGGAAAGAGAAGAACGGAAAUGGAAGGAAAUGGAAGCCUCUUUACUAUCUUCCAUUCCAAAUGUUGGUGGUAGGGAAGCAGUUGCUAUGGCAGCAGCAGUACGUGCUGUUGGGGGUGAUUCAGUUUUGGAUGAUACCUUAGCACGCGAAAGAAUUUCGAGCAUUGCACGAAGAAUACGAGCAUCUCAAUUAUCUCAGCGCGCCGUCCAGACUGGAAUUUCUGGCACCGUUUGUAUUCUCGAUGAUGAGCCAACGAGUGGUAAACACUAUGGGCUAAUUGAUCCUAGUAUAUGUGGUAGUCAGAAGGUUAGCUUCUCUGCUGGGGUGAUAGUACAACCAGAAUCUGGCCCACUUUGUCUUUUCGGUACAGAAUUUCAGAAGAAGGUUUGCUUGGAAGUCCUUGUGGCUGGUUCAGAACAAGGUAUCGAGUCUGGGCAAGUUGGGAUAAGACUAAUCACUAAAGGUGAGAGACAAUCUACAAUAGCCAGGGAGUGGAGUAUUGGUGCGACAAGUAUUGCCGAUGGAAGGUGGCAUAUUGUGACGGUAACCCUUGAUGCUAACUUGGGGGAAGCCACCUGCUAUCUAGAUGGUGGCUUUGAUGGCUACCAGGGAGGCUUACCACUGAAUGUGGAUGGUGGAAUUUGGGAAGAGGGGACAGAUGCUUGGAUUGGCAUUAGACCGCCUACAGAUAUUGAAGCUUUUGGCAGGUCAGAUAGCGAAGGUUCUGAAUGCAAAGUUCAUAUGAUGGAUGUCUUCCUUUGGGGAAGAUGUUUGAAUGAAGAUGAAGUUUGUUCGCUUUUCACUUCCACUGGUACUGCUGAAUACAGCAUGAUUGAUCUCCAAGAAGAUAAUUGGCUAUGGGCGGAAUCUCCUUCUAGGGUUGAUGAGUGGGACGCUGAUCCUGCUGACGUGGAUCUUUAUGAUAGGGAUGAUGUAGAUUGGGAUGGGCAAUAUUCAAGUGGGAGAAGACGAAGAUCUGAACGUGAAGGGGUGGUGUUAGAUGUGGAUUCUUUUACUAGGCGGUUGAGGAAACCUAGGGUAGAAACUCAAGAAGAAGUUAAUCAGAGGAUGUUGUCUGUUGAAUUGGCUGUUAAAGAAGCACUUGCUGCACGAGGAGAGGCUCAUUUCACUGACCAGGAAUUCCCUCCAAACGACCGAUCACUGUUUGUCGAUCCGGACCACCCCCCUCCUAGGUUACAGGUUGUCUCCGAGUGGAUGAGGCCAAAAGAAAUGGUGGAAAAGAACCAGUUGAAUGCAGCUCCAUGCUUAUUUUCUGGUCCGCCUAAUGCUUCUGAUGUUUGUCAGGGACAAUUGGGUAAUUGCUGGUUUCUGAGUGCUGUUGCUGUUUUAACAGAGGAUUCACGAGUAUCAGAUGUCAUAAUUACUCCUCAGUACAAUGACGAAGGGAUCUAUACUGUUCGCUUUUGUAUCCAGGGAGAGUGGGUUCCUGUUGUAGUAGAUGACUGGAUUCCAUGUGAAUCACCCGGGAAACCUGCAUUUGCAACGAGUAAAAAAGGAAACGACUUGUGGGUAUCUUUAUUGGAGAAGGCAUAUGCGAAACUGCAUGGCUCCUAUGAAGCACUUGAAGGUGGGCUUGUCCAAGAUGCUCUUGUGGAUCUCACAGGCGGUGCAGGGGAGGAGAUUGACAUGAGAACCUCCCAAGCUCAGAUUGAUCUUGCAAGUGGCAGAUUAUGGGCUCAGUUGUUACGUUUCAAGCAAGAUGGCUUUCUUCUUGGUGCUGGAAGUCCUUCAGGGUCAGAUGUUCAUGUUUUUUCCAGUGGAAUUGUUCAAGGGCAUGCCUAUUCUUUAUUGCAGGUGAGGGAAGUAGAUGGGCAUAAACUAGUUCAAGUUAGAAAUCCAUGGGCUAAUGAAGUUGAAUGGAACGGCCCAUGGUCCGAUUCAUCGUCAGACUGGACUGACAGAAUGCGACAUAAACUUAAGCAUGUUUCACUGUCAAAGGAGGGUAUAUUCUGGAUGUCCUGGCAAGAUUUCCAAAUCCAUUUCCGAUCGAUAUACGUUUGUCGUGUCUACCCUCCGGAGAUGCGUUACUCAAUCCACGACCAAUGGAGAGGAUUCAAUGCGGGUGGCUGCCAAGAUUAUGAGACAUGGAAUCAAAACCCACAGUUCAGAUUAAGAGCCAACGGUCAAGAUGCUUCAUAUCCUAUGCAUGUGUUCAUCACUCUCACUCAAGGCGUGAGUUUCUCAAGAACUGCUGCCGGUUUUAGAAAUUACCAAUCUAGCCAUGAUGCGAUGAUGUUCCAUAUCGGGCUGAGGAUUCUCAAGACCCGUGGCCGACGUGCUGCUUACAAUAUAUAUAUGCAUGAAGCAGUUGGUGGAACGGAUUAUGUAAAUUCUCGAGAAAUAUCUUGUGAAAUGGUUUUGGAUCCUGAUCCAAAGGGUUAUACUAUAGUGCCUACUACUCUUCACCCAGGAGAAGAAGCGCCUUUUGUUCUUAACGUCUUCACAAAGGCAUCAAUCACAUUGGAAGCUUUAUAGUACAUAACCCGAGUCCCAUCAGUUAGUUUGUUUCUUUGUCCCCAGACAGAAUAUGCAGAACUGCACUUGCCAACUAGAUGAACCUGGCUUGACUGAGCAAAAUCAUGGGAGGAGAACAAAUGAACUGAUUGUCGGAGGCAGUUAUAUACUUUACAUUCCUUUGAUAACUGUGAAUAUUGUAUCUAGAUUUGAAAUGAUGGAUACAGAAGGGAAGCUUGUUUCAGAUAAUCUGGAGGGUGAGUUAAUUUGGUUUGCUGAUAGAUUGAAGGAAGAAGGGAUCUGUGGGAGCUAAUCAGUACUGACUACUAAACAUCAGUAGAUAUAAGAAUUUUAGGAUAUCAUCUUGUAAAUGACAACAGACAAAUUGGAAAAAAAAAAAAAAAAGAGGAAGAAGAAGAGAUAGUUAGUUAUAUUUGACUUUGUCCAAGGGAAAUAUUUAUAUUUAUAGGGAACAAGCAGUGAGCUGAAAUUGAAUUUAAGGUUUCACUUGCAGUUUUGAGACAA